AGAGGGAGAAGCAUCCUAUUGGGUAGAGGCAGGGAAUAUAAACAUGUGCAAGAUGAUAUAGCCUACAUAACUCUUUCACAGAGGAGAGCUUAGUCUAGAAAGCAAAGUUAGAGAUAGAAAAAUGGUAUUAAUUCAGUUAUCAUCUCUCGUCUCAGAAUUGUCGCAUGGACAGGCUUUCUUAGGUCUGUGUAGUUUAUUUAUUUCCCUUAUUGUUCUUUUGCUGAUCCGACAGCUUGUGAAGCAGAGGAGACCACGAGGAUUCCCUCCUGGACCGUCACCUAUCCCUGUCAUAGGGAACAUUAUGUCUCUAGCAACAGAACCGCACGUCUUUAUGAAGAAACAGAGUGAAAUCCAUGGGCAGAUUUUCAGUCUUGAUUUGGGAGGCUACUCAGCAGUGGUUUUGAAUGGAUAUGAUGCCAUCAGAGAAUGCCUGUACCACCAGGCUGAUGUCUUUUCUGACCGGCCAUCUCUGCCUUUAUUUAUGAAAAUGACCAAAAUGGGAGGACUUCUGAAUGCUAAAUUUGGCAACGGAUGGAUUGAACAUCGUCAACUGGCCAGCAACUCCUUUCGUUACUUUGGAAGUUUUCAAAAGCCCAUCGACCAGAAGAUCUUGGAAGAGUGCAUGUUUUUCGUGGAUGCCAUCGACAAACACAAAGGGAAACCCUUUAACCCAAAGCACCUGGUGACCAAUGCUGUGUCCAACAUCACCAACCUCAUCAUCUUCGGCGAGCGUUUCACGUACGACAACUGUGACUUCCAGCACAUGAUCGAGAUCUUCAGUGAGAAUGUGGAGCUGGCCGUCAGUGGCUGGGCCUUCCUUUAUAACGCAUUCCCAUGGAUCGAGUACCUCCCCUUCGGAAAGCACCAGAAGCUGUUCCGCAACGCAGCCAAGGUCUAUAACUUCCUGGAGCAGAUCAUCAGGCGCUUCUCGAAGGGCAGAGUGUGCAACUUCCCGCGCCACUACAUCGAUGACUAUUUGAACAAGUUGGACAAGUGUGCUGGCGACUUGGGCACCCCGUAUUCCAGGGAGAACCUAAUCUACUCUGUGGGCGAGCUCAUCAUCGCAGGCACGGAGACCACCACCAACACCCUACGCUGGGCUAUGCUCUACAUGGCCCUCUACCCCAACAUUCAAGAGAAGGUGCAUAUGGAACUGGACAGUGUGCUGGGAAGUGAGAAGUCCCCCUCGCUGGCGGACAAAAAGAGGAUGCCCUAUGUGGAAGCGGUGCUACAUGAGGUCCUGCGCUUCUGUAACAUCGUGCCCCUGGGCAUCUUCCGCGCCACCACUCAGGACACACUGGUGAGCGGCUACAACAUCCCCAAAGGCACCAUGGUCAUCACCAACCUGUACUCUGUGCACUUUGAUGAGAAGUACUGGUGCGACCCUGGAACCUUCUCACCACAUCGCUUCCUGGACAGCAAUGGAAACUUUGUCCGACGGGAAGCUUUCCUACCCUUCUCUCUGGGGAAGCGUCACUGUUUGGGCGAGCAUCUGGCCAGGAUGGAGAUGUUCCUGUUCUUCACCACCAUGCUGCAGCGCUUCCACCUGCAGUUCCCCCCCGGCACAGUGCCAAGCCUCACCCCCAAACUGGGCAUGACACUGCAGCCACUGCCUUACUCCAUCUGUGCCGUCCGCAGGCAGCAGUGACAGAUUCUCAGAAGGCACAGCCAGAAGGGGUGGGGGGGGGUUGGGGGUUUAGUCAGAACAGAACAGGGGUCUAGAGCUUGUACUCCUACCUUGUGUUUUACACAGAACUACUAGAAUUCUAAACAUCAGCUGAUGGUUGUUUCUGAGAAAUUGCAUGUUUGCACAGCACCAUUUGCAAAGUCACAGCAUCACCAGAAAUGUUACUGGCGAGAUCCUGAAAUAUCAGGUGGAACUUCUCAGUAAGUUUAAUCGAGAAGAUAAGAAGUGUGAAUAAUUAAUCAAUACAUGCAGACAUAUACUUUUAAUUAACCUUGAAUUAGAAUUUACUUUUUAUCUGUGUCCUUAUAAUCAAAUGUCUCAUCUUCCCUGCGGGAUUACAUCAAUGAUUGACAGGAUGGACCUCUAUGAUGGUUCACAGCCCCGUCUUCUCUCUCACAGCCUGCCUAGAUGAGAAAUGGGAACAUUACCCACUGGGCACACACUGGUUGAAUCAUUGUUGUUUCCAUGUCACGUUGAAUUGAUGUUCCCAGUGGGUAGUUUCAGCUGUUUCUACAGCACAGUGAAAAUAAGUGGACUAGCAGCCAGCCUUUCCUAGAAGGCUCUGGACAUGGUGUUUAGUCUGGAUCAGCCCCAUGUCAAUCAGUCUGAACUAACAAUGAACCCUGAUCUCUAGGGAUUAUUCCUUUAAGUAAAUUGUACUUUUGUCUAUUAUGGUCAUACUUUGUAAUAAGAACAAUGCCAUUUGACCGUUUUUACAAUGUUUAUAGUGUGCCUUUACUAAGAGCAAUUCAAGUUACAUAGGUUUUACGCCGCAUGUUCUUUUUCUUCAACGUGCUGACAGUAUUUCUCUUAAUAGGUUACAGGUCUAUGUUUUCUCUCCCAAACAUCUUCCCAUCUAAACUACAGUACAGGACUAGUCAGACAUGGACUUUUGCAGUGAGCCGGCAGAUUGUGUCCAGACUGGGUCGUCUAGGGACACAGACACAGCCACUAUAAAUAAUCUUCAUGUGGUUGGAGCUGAGCCUGGGGCGGCAUCACCCAUUUCCUUAAGUGACCUCUCACUUCUACUCUUUACUCAACAGACCAAAGGGCUGAAAAAAGACUCCAAUGCAAUGCGGUGCAUACAUCAGACUUACUGGGUAAUAUUUCAUAUUGAUUUGAUGCCUCUAGCUCUUUUUGGCACCCAGCAUACCUCUAUUAACUAGUAACUGCACUUCUCAGAAAGUUAUGCCGAGGUAGACAGACACUGCCAAUUCACCUGGAUGAGAGCCUUGUCUGUGUGCAUUGGAAACUGACAUUACAGUCAU